UUUUCCUUCUCAUCAGAAAGCUGACAGUCAAGAAACAGUCAGAUCACAGAGCAGAUGAUGAUGAUGAGAUUCAGCAGUGCUUUGAGUGUUGCUGCAGUCACACUUCUCUACAUAACAGGCUCACUCUGCCAGUUAGAUGUAUGUGGUCGAGCCCCUCUCAAUAACAAGAUUGUUGGAGGGGAGGAUGCGACCGCAGGGGCUUGGCCGUGGCAGGUCAGCAUUCAUCUCUCCGGCUCGAGUCAUAACUGUGGCGGGACUCUCAUCACUAAAGACUGGGUUUUAUCUGCAGCCCACUGCUUCCAGGAUUUUGUGUUGUCUAGAGUUGUGAUGUACUUCGGUCGUCUGAGCCAGUCCGGCUCAAACCCUAAUGAGAUGUCCAGGAGAGCGAGUCAAGUCAUUAACCAUCCUAACUAUGAUAGUCGUUCUAAUGACAAUGACAUAGCACUGAUCCAGCUCUCCUCCUCUGUGACUUUCUCUGAUUACAUUAAGCCGGUCUGUCUGGCAGCGGGUGCGAGUGUGUUUGGUGAAGGUACGGAGAGCUGGGUCACUGGAUGGGGCAAACUACAAUCUGGAGGCACCCAGCUUCCUGACACACUGCAGGAGGUGAUGAUACCAAUUGUGAGCAACAGUGCCUGUGCUAAUGCUUAUAAAGGGAUGUACACAAUCACGAGCAAUAUGGUUUGUGCUGGAUUGUUAAAUCAGGGAGGAAAAGAUUCAUGUCAGGGAGACUCUGGAGGUCCAAUGGUCAGCAAGAAAGGCUCCCUGUGGAUUCAGUCUGGCGUUGUGAGUUUUGGUGAAGGAUGUGCUGACCCCAAAUAUCCUGGUGUGUACUCCAGAGUCUCUCAGUAUCAGGACUGGAUCAAGCUUUACACAGGCAGUAACCCACCUGGAUUUGUUGAAUUCGUUCAAACAUCCAACUCCAACUUCGGGAGUGUUCCCAACCUCCUCUUAUUUUCACUCUCUCUCACAUUCUCCCUCAUACCUUUCUCCCUUUUUCUCACUUCCUAAAGACUGUUUGAACAGCAAUUCUCAGGGUUCAUUGAUGAAGAAGACAGUUCUGCUGCACAUGCUCUCAUAAAUAUGAGAAAAGAGCCAUUGUAUUGUUAUAUUUGUCAUUUAUACUUUUUUUAAAUGUACUAUUCUUGAAAAGCUCUUAUUGACAUAAUAAGAGCAUAAUGAAGUUCAGUAUGCUUCUGUCCUUUUUUUUUAACUUUUUUUUUUAUGUUUAUAUGUCUGAUUACCAGUAUGCAGAACUGAUAUAGGUUCUGAAGCUCUGCAUUAGUUGUUGAAAAUUUAAACUAUGUUGUAAUCACACUGCCUAAACAGAAUAAUCACAAAAGAAGGAACUGACUUAGGGUAUUUUAUCUUGCCGUCUCUCUCUCUCUCUCUCUCUCUCUCUCUCUUUCAUACUGUCCUAAUAUUUUUGUGUAAAGACUGAUACAGUUUUUUCAAGAUUCAUUGAUGAAUACAACAUUUAAAAAAAAAAAGUGAAAAAAAAGGCUUAACAUUUCAUAAAUAUUUUGCAUAUUAUAAAUUUCUUUACUAUCACUUUUGAUCAGUCUAAAGCAUACUUGGUGAAUAAAC